AUGGCGUCAGUCGUGCCAUUGAAGGACAAGAGACUGAUGGAUGUCAAAUUAGGGGAGCUGCCAACUUGGAUACGGAUGCGGGAUUUCUCCCCUAAAGGCAUUGCUGGAGCAUUUCAAAGAGGUUACUACAGGUAUUACAACAAGUACAUCGAUGUGAAGAAAGGGGGCGUUGCUGGGGUUUCUAUGGUGCUGGCAGCGUAUGUGCUUUUCAACUACAUCCGUUCUUAUCAUGAGCUAAAACAUGAGCGACGACGCAAGUACCACUGA